AGACAGGAACCGUAGAUCUUCAGACAGAAGCUUUUAUUUUGAAAAGCUCCCACAGGAAGUGUACGUGAGCGUCCUGCUCAGAGAGUUCAUUGAAGUUUAAUUAAGUCCUCGUGGAGAUGUCAGCUGAUCUGGGUCGGACUCCGCGGUCCGUGCUGGUCUCGGAUCGGUCCAGUUUCCGGGAUGAGAAGAACCGGCUGAGCUCGCAGGUGGAGCAGCUACACCUGAGCUACAAGGUAUCUGUACUGCUGCCAGAGUGUAGCUCCCCCCCUGCUCACCUGGACACUGUAUUCAACAGUUUCAACAGUUUCUACCUGAUCAGGAAGCUGCCGGUCUACGAACUGUUGGACAAACACUUCCUGGAGAGCGCUGUGUACCAAGGAAGUGUGUAUGGUUUGUCGUACAGGACGAGGAUUGAUGAAGACAGCUGUGUCGCUCUGACACCAAACGGUCACCUGUCUCUCUCUCUCUGUCUCUUUGCAGGUCACCUGUCUCUCUCUCUUGAUAAAGACGCCUUUGAGUUGUUGGGAGUUGAAGGGAAACCGUCAAGAUUCAACCACAGAACAAACUGCAGAUACGUCGUCUCUGUUGAUUUGACGGACAGCAGCAUGGCUCCUGGUGGGCGGGGCUACCAGAGACUCCUCACAGGUCUGAGGUCACGACUUCAACUGAAGACAGACUUCCUGCUGUCGCAUCAUCCAGGAGGUGGAGCAUCUCUGCAGGCCCUCCUGUCUCGCUAUGAUUGGUCGGAGCACAGACCUGAGAUCAGCAGUCACACCCUGACACACCUGUCCUGCCCCUCCAUGCAGUCAUGUGACCCCCACAGCUUCCUGGAGUGGAUUGGAGCUGUGGAUGCCGACAUAAGCUGUGAGAACUCAUCCAACAGCUUCCUGUCCUCCCUCGUGUGUCCUGAGCCAAACACCACGUUAAGUCAAGCUCUGAGGGUCUCCGUCUGCGGACUGCUGCUUCCUCAAGACAUCCACCGACUCAUCCAGCAGAUCAGGUGUUACCUGGAGCAGCCUCGGUUGGCGUCCUGGGUGUCGCUGACAGUUCACGGUUUUGCUGACAGUCCAGUGUCAUGGGGUGGAAACGAGCACGGAGUGCUGAGAGGAGGAGAGAACUUCUACAGUCUGUUAAUGUUCCACGACCACACCUACCACCUCCACCUGGCUACAGGAGCACACGACACCUGUCCGCCGUGAUGAUGUCAUCAACUGCUGGGUUUUUUUGUUGUAGAAAUGUUGAGUUACUUACCUGCUGCCUCGAGCUCACCUGUCCUUCCUGUUGGGGCCUCUCGAGGGCGCUCGCCUGUCAUCACAUUUCACUUAUUAAAUUUAAUAUUUGACUUUUGUCUUUAAAAUGAUUUACUAAAGAAUGUUUAAACAAUGUCAGAAUAAAAACAGUCUGAUCAACUCAUUCAUUUUUUAUUGAAAUAAUAUCUGCCACAGUCUGUAGAGGUCUGUGUGUACAGACGGUCUGUAGAGGUCUGUGACAAAAUUCUUGUUUUAUUUUGUGGAAUUUUAUUUUCAGUGUUUUGAUAUCAAACAACAUAAAGUUUAAUUUACAGGAGACAAAUUGAUUUUGUCCAGAGCCCGGUCCUGCUCAGAGCCUCAUAAUUUAUAAUUUAUAUUUAUUUAUAAUUUAUAAUUAAAACAUCAACCUGCUGGAUGACACUACACUGACAGAGCCUUCAGCUUCUGCAGGCUGCACAGUUCACCACACCUGAGGGCAGAGCUACACCGCCUACCUCCACCUCACUGAACCUGUGAUGUCAUUCAGCUGAUGAAGUUUACACAGUAAUAGUCUUGAAUGUCUGUCCAUAGAAACACUUUUAUUCUGAAAGGGAUACAGAAAGUUGAGUCAGGUUUGACAUUUUAUAGAAGCUGCUAUGAUGAAGUUCUGACACCAUCAUUUCAUCUCGACCCUGUUGACAUGGACCUGGUCUAAGAGAGGACAGACUGAGGAGCCGCAGACUCGUAUCAGAACCAGAACCAGCAGAGUCCGACUCCAGCCUCCUCUUA